AUGGAGGAGUUCAAGACAAGAGUGAAAAACGAAAGCGAUAUGGAUGCAUGGGAAUCAUCUGAAGCAUACGACGAUUAUAUUGGAUUCAUAACAGCCAUGAACAAAUCUGUGUAUGCCAUACCAUCAAACAAAACUUUGACGCUGUCAAAUGAGAUUUCACAAUUAUUAAAUGUAUUAAACACAAUUGAUGAUUGGAUUACAGAAGUGGAACCAUUAAAAGAGAGCUGUAGGUUUGGAAAUAAAGCUUUUUCUACAUUUUACAAUUUAUUAAAAACGAGAUUGCCCGAAAUAUUGUCAAAAGAAUUGUCGUCAGUCGACCAACAAAACAUUAUUGAGCUAACUGCUUAUAUUGUUGACAGCUUUGGUAAUCCAACUCGUAUUGAUUAUGGCACUGGACACGAAAUGUCAUUUUGUAUGUUCUUGUGUGGCUUAUACAAAGUAGACGUAUUGAAACAAAGUGACAGUAAAGCUACAGUCAACGUACUAUUUUCAAGAUAUUUAGAAAUAGUUCGUAGACUUCAACUUAGGUAUCAAAUGGAACCAGCUGGAAGCCAUGGAGCUUGGAGUUUAGAUGACUACCAGUUUGUACCUUUUGUUUGGGGUAGCGCACAACUAAUCGAAAAUCCAGAUUUUAAUCCAAAUUUGUUUGUUGACGAAAAAUGUGUACAACAGUUCAAAUCGAAGUAUAUGUUCCUGGGAUGUAUUGAUUUCAUUAUGCAAGUAAAAAAAGGAUUGUUUCAUGAACAUUCUAACCAACUUUGGAAUAUUAGUGGUGUUCAAAGUUGGAAUAAAAUCAAUGAAGGUCUAAUUAAAAUGUAUAAAAAAGAGGUACUGGGAAAAUUCCCAAUCAUUCAACAUGUACCUUUUGGAAAUUUAUUUAAUUUUAAACAAUGUAUAAAAAAAAAACCCUUUGCUACACCAUCGGCGAUUAAAACUCCUGCACUGUCAUUAUUGGAAAAACUAAAGAAAACUGACCAAUCAGUGCCAAACAUAGUAAAUAAGUAA